AUGUUUUCUGUAAUCAUGAUGAGAAACCAAAACAAGAGAAAAGUGUUUCAAUCGAUACAAGAUAAGAUGACGAUUGAGACGAGUGCAUCUAUGAAAAUGAGUCAUGAAUACGGGAUUUCGCGAGAUAUGAUACGCGGAGAGUACGAUUUUUUAUCGAAUUUUGGAAAUAGAGGAGAGCACAUGCAAUAUAAAAAUCGUAAAGGACUUUUGAACGAAGACGUGGAAAAGUGUUUACACACGUGGCAGCAACAAACAGUUGGGAAUCCAUUGACCAAUUCGUCGCAACAAGAAAAGGCGAUAAAGAUUUGUGACGGAUACGGAUCGACAUUAUUCUUUGGUAGCAGAAAUUGGCUACGGAUUAUUAAAAAUCGCUACAUGGCCCAGUCUUAUAGACAAAAAGCUAAUGAGGAUAAAGCUGCAAGAAUAUUCGUAAAUAAUUCAACGACAGUAAACAGUAAAGAGGAAGAGGAGAAAAUAGAAGAGGAACAAAGGAAAAUAGACGCAGAAUAUAUGGAAUUUGAAAAAAAAUUAAAGAAAGAGCGGAUGCUCCAAGAAGGGAAAAAAAGGAAAUAUGAAGAGCAGUUGAUUCAAAAUUCAAAAUUAAACUUUAUAGAAAAGAAGAAAGGAGAUUUAAAUACGCUGGAACAAAUUAUAAAAAAGUAUGCCGACGAUGAUGAGACUGUAAUAAUAAUGGGUAAAACUAUAAGAAGAAUUCUUGAAAAUAAAGGUACUAUUUUUGAAGGUUAA